AGCAGAAAAAAAAAGUGGGUCACUUUAGCAACAAAACCUUCACAUCCCAUCUCUCAUCAAUGGUGUUUCCAAUUGCUGGGUGGAGCUUUACGCAAUCCCAUUACACUCUCUUUCUCUCCAUUUCCUUCUAUUCUCUAUUAUUAUAUCCUUUUCUAUUUUUAUUUUUCUCAUUGCAUUCUCUAAUCUUUAAUCUCUAUUCUCUACCCAUUCAUAUUCAUCCCCGUUUUUCUCUGUCACUGUCGCAUAACACUCUUUGAACCACCGCAACUAAAAUAACAACCCCAUGUCCUGAACCUCACUUUUCUUCUCGCCAAAGCUUCCAAUUUUCGAUUUUUCCCUUGUUUUCAGAGAAAUAUCAACACCCCAGAAAAUAAAAUUGAGAGAAUAGAAGAAAACCUUUUCUGGGUUAAUUUGGUAAUUUCCUUUUUCUUCUUUCAUGGGUAACAUAGGAAGCAGCGGCUCCAACAGCCGCCGGAGACACGGCGGCGGCGGCGGCAGCGGUAGGCGGAUUCACCCGCCUCCGCCGCAGGUGAUGCCGCCGCCGGAGGUCACGGCCAACCAAUUCGUGUAUCCUCCGGCCGCCACGCCGUAUCACAACUACCCCGGGUACUACCCGGCGCCGACCACCAUGCCGGCGCCGUUGCCGGCGCCGUACGACCACCACCACCGUACGGAGGUAGACCCGAUGUGGGGGCGGUAUCCGGUGGCGGCACCGCCGGCACCGGCGCCGUACGUGGAACACCAGAAGGCGGUUACUAUUAAGAACGAUGUCAACAUCAAGAAGGAGACGCUUAGGAUUGAGCCUGAUGACGAGAAUCCUGGCCGUUUCCUUGUGUCGUUUACGUUUGAUGCCACCGUUUCGGGGAGCAUCACCAUACUUUUCUUUGCAAAAGAAGGGGAAGGUUGCACACUAACUCCAAUGAAAGAAAAUGUUCUUCCACCCGUGACUGUAAAUUUCCAGCAAGGACUUGGCCAGAAGUUUAAACAGCCAGCUGGAACUGGUAUUGAUUUUUCAACAUUUGAGGAGUCUGAGUUAUUGAAAGUAGGGGACAUGGAUGUCUAUCCUGUUGCAAUUAAAGCAGAUGCAUCCUCCAGCGACCAUGAUGAAUCAAAAUCAAAUGAAACUCCAUCAUCCGGUAGCUCAAACUCUCAGAUAACUCAAGCAGUGUUUGAGAAGGAGAAAGGAGAAUUCCAGGUGAAGGUUGUGAAGCAGAUCUUAUGGGUAAAUGGAAUGAGGUAUGAACUGCAGGAGAUAUAUGGUAUUGGAAAUUCAGUGGAGAGUGAUGUGGAUGGGAAUGACCCAGGAAAAGAGUGUGUUAUAUGCUUGUCAGAGCCUCGGGACACAACUGUCCUUCCAUGCCGCCACAUGUGUAUGUGUAGCGGAUGUGCGAAGGUUUUGAGGUUCCAGACAAAUAGAUGUCCAAUCUGCAGACAACCAGUUGAGAGGCUAUUGGAGAUCAAAGUCGGGCCUGAGCCUGAGCCUGAGGAAUGAAGAUUCAAUGUUAGUGACACAACAAGCUUGCUUCCUGUACAGUCCAACUGUUAUAGCUAAUACUUUUCUCUUACUUUAUCAGGUUUUUCCAAUAAUCCCACAAAAUAGAAAUUGGAAUUUAUGUAUGACAUUAUGUUUGACAUGUACAGCAGGCUGGCAUUGCACCUGACUUGUAUUAUUGUAUAAGCCAAUGCCUCCGCCAUGCUUGUUUGGUUUUACUUCUAAUUUUUAUGUGGCUUUCCCUUCUGAAUCAUAUUUAGAUGUGUUUCUCACCUUCGCUUCAGAUCACAUCUUUUUUUC